AUCACUGGUAGAAAAAACUUCCCUUUCCUUUCAUUAUUUCCUUCUCCCUAUAAAACCUUCCCCAUUGUCUACUUUGGAACAAACAUAGAUUGGUAUGGCAGAAGAGGAAUGCAAUACUAACCUCUCCCUUGCAAUAGAUGGUGGUCGACAAUUCAUGCCUGGCCACCGAUCCAAGCCUACCUUGCAUUUGCAGGUCCUGUUCCCACAUCAUCCGAAAGAAGAGGAAGAAGAAGAACCAAUAAGGAUACCGAGAUCGAAGAACACCGAAGAGGAGGAAGUUAUCAGUGGUAGAGACACCAGUAACUGCAGCAAUGACAAACUGUUUGGCACAAGAAAGAAGCUUAAGCUCACAAAAGAACAAGUAACAUUGCUGGAAGACAGAUUUAGAGAGCACAACACCCUUAAUACGGUAUCUCCUGAGUACUAUCUCUUACAUGAUUGCAAUCGAUCGGAGUUUGUUUUCUGGGAAGAACUAUGUAUGGAUUCCAUCUGCAUGCAGGCUCAGAAGCAAGAUCUCGCUGACCGGCUAAAUAUACAAACAAGACAGGUGGAAGUCUGGUUCCAGAACAGAAGAGCAAGGACGAAGCUAAAGCAGAUUGAGGUGGACUAUGAAUGCCUCAAGAAGUGGUGUGAGAGCCUAAGUGAUGAGAACCGGAGGCUGAAGAAGGAGCUGCAGGAGCUGAGGUCUGCAAAUCCUGGAUCCCCAUUCUACAUGCACCUUCUCAAGGCAGCGACGCUGACCAUAUGCCCGUCCUGUGAGAGGAUGGCUGCUAUUGGUGGUGGCGCCGCCGGAAAGAGCACGAGCGCCUUCGACGGCAUGAAGGGCCAAUUGGUGCCUGUGAAGAAUGGGCUUCUCAGUCGACGAAACUAAGCCAUAGGUGAUCUCAGAAUAACAUGUUAGAAUAUAGAUAAUGAUGUAGCACUUAUGUCGGAUUGAAUCCAACUUUUGUGUAUAUAUACUUUGUUUACUGUCUAUAGACUUUUGAUCGAUACGAUCAUAUUGCAAAUUUUGAUUGAAGUUCUCUCAUGGUUGCAUGUUUUAUGAAAAGCAAAAGCAGUAAUAGUA